GCGCCGGCGAGGGGCUGCGGGCAGCGGAGCCGAGCGGGCCGGACGAAAGAAGAAAUGAUGUAAAUAAUUCACUGUCCAAACUUUAAGGUCGGAGCUGAGAAGGAAGGUCAGGAAGACUAUGGCCUGGCCAAAUAUUUUUCAAAGAGGAACUCUGUUCUCCCGGUUCAGUCAUCAUCAUGUUGUUGUGUUCCUGCUUACCUUCUUCAGUUAUUCGUUGCUCCAUGCAUCAAGAAAAACUUUUAGCAAUGUCAAAGUCAGUAUCUCUAAGCAGUGGACCCCAAGUGCUUUUAACAAGUCAAUUAACCUGCCUGUAGAGAUCUGGAGCAGCAACCAUUUGUUUCCCAGCGCAGAGGAAGCCACACUUUUCCUUGGGACACUGGAUACUAUUUUCCUCUUCUCUUAUGCUGUGGGCCUUUUCAUCAGUGGAAUUGUUGGAGAUCGGCUUAAUUUACGAUGGGUUCUAUCUUUUGGCAUGUGCUCUUCUGCACUAGUGGAGUCAGUGGCAUGGUGGUGGAGGUCACAGGUUUCUUAGACCUGGACUCCCUGCGUGUCAGUUCCUCACUUGCCAUUUCCUGGGAUGAUUGCUGUGUGCUUCAUCCUCCUUGUUUGAAUGCCUCCCCCCAGGUGUUUGUCUUUGGCACUGUCACAGAAUGGCUGCAUUUCUACAACAAGGGACUCUACUGCUGCCUGUGGAUUGUAAAUGGCCUGCUCCAGUCUACUGGUUGGCCCUGUGUGGUUGCUGUUAUGGGCAACUGGUUUGGAAAAGCUGGACGAGGAGUUGUAUUUGGUCUCUGGAGUGCCUGUGCUUCAGUGGGCAAUAUUUUGGGAGCAUGCCUAGCUUCUUCUGUUCUGCAAUACGGUUAUGAGUAUGCCUUUCUGGUGACAGCGGCUGUGCAGUUUGCUGGUGGGAUCAUCAUCUUCUUUGGGCUCCUGGUGUCACCAGAAGAAAUCGGUCUCCCAGGCAUUGAGGCAGAAGAAAAUUUUGAAGAGGACUCACACAGGCCAUUGAUUAAUGAUGCUGAAAAUGAAGAUGAAUAUGAGCCUAAUUAUUCCAUCCAGGAAGGCAGUACUAUUACCCAAGUCAAGGCAAUAAGCUUUUAUCAGGCCUGUUGUCUUCCUGGAGUUAUACCGUACUCACUGGCCUAUGCCUGCUUGAAGUUAGUAAAUUACUCCUUCUUCUUCUGGUUACCCUUUUAUCUGAGUAACAACUUUGGAUGGAAGGAGGCUGAAGCUGACAAGCUGUCCAUUUGGUACGAUGUUGGAGGAAUUAUAGGUGGGACUUUGCAAGGUUUCAUCUCUGACGUAUUACAGAAGAGAGCACCCGUUUUAGCCCUCAGUCUACUUCUGGCCAUUGGGUCCCUCGUUGGAUAUAGCCGUUCUCCAAACGAUAAAUCCAUUAAUGCACUUCUGAUGGCAGUUACAGGGUUUUUUAUCGGUGGACCUUCUAAUAUGAUUAGUUCUGCUAUUUCUGCGGACCUGGGUCGCCAAGAGCUAAUCCAAGGGAGCAGUGAGGCUUUGGCAACUGUCACAGGAAUUGUUGAUGGAACUGGAAGCAUUGGAGCUGCGGUGGGCCAGUACUUAGUGUCUUUGAUCCAGGACAAUCUGGGAUGGAUAUGGGUGUUCUACUUUUUCAUUCUCAUGACAAGUUGUACAAUUUUGUUUAUCUCGCCAUUAAUAGUGAGGGAAACCUGCUAUCUUAUGCAAAGACGACAAGCUCAUGUAUUGAGUGAGUGAGUGUUGCCCACAGAAGUAAAGAACAAUGGGAGACACAUCAGGACCAUUAUUUUUUUAAAUUCACCCUAUUUGGGGGUUGUCUUAAGAGCUCCAACAAAACCUCAGAUUGUCAAGUCUCUUUCAACAGUGUCAGCCACUUGAGAUAUUGACCAGUGGUGAAGGCCAGGCUGUUUCUCUGCACUACAUGAGUUAUUGUGGACGAUUUUCACUGUUUCAUAAAUGUACUGAUUGGCCCAUGAAUCUGCCAGCCUCUUUAUUUGGCCUGUUGAAAUUUAUCCUUUUAACCUGAAAUACUGUCUUGGACUUGGACCUUAAUUCUCCAGCCUGGAAAGUUGAGUGGCCACGAGACAGUUGCACAUGGUUUGCAUCAAUGACGGGCUCCACGAAUAGGAAGGAAGCAUUGGAUUUUGCUUUGAUAAUGAGUUUGCAAAGAACAGUCGCUCAUCUUUGAAGCAUCAAAUCCUGGUAGUGUGCUCAAGCUGGAUCAAGUGUAAGCCUGCCUUGGACAAAGACUCUCUUUGUUAACUGUGGUGGGAAAAUCACACUACAUGGUGACUGGCUCAGUCACUCUAUCUGAUCUAAAGUUAUUCGCCUCCAGAAGCAGAAAUACCUUCAAAUUAUUGUCACCUCAUUCUCUUCUGUCUUCAUUCAAAACUCAACUCCUGGAAGUACGCAGUCUUCGUUUCAAGAGCCAUAAGGUACAUCAGCAGUUAUCAUGAACAUUCCAAGGUGUAGCUCACGACUGAAGUACUCAACUCCAGAUUUGCUCUUUGGGGACAUUAGGAUCCACUAGGACGCUAAUCUGCUUAGCCCUGUUUUCAGAGAGUUGAUCUUUCUCACAACCAGGUUCCUUGAGUUACCUCAGCAGAAGACUAGAAUUAGAGACAGAGGACAGACCUCUUGUCCUAGUAUAAGGCAUUAAGUAUAUGACCUUGAAUCACAGGAAUGGGUUAAUAGGGCCUGGGGACUAGGUAUCUAUCCGUUAGCAGUUUGUAGCACGUAUGUCUUCAAGGCUGUGAAUUCUGUACUAAUUAUCAAUAUUUUUAGGUCAUUCUGUAUAUGUAUUUUAAAUUAUGGACAUGAACUUGGGGGAAAAUGUGCAAUUUGGAGGGCUGCUUGAUUUGUGUUGGGUUAGGGAAUAUUUUUCUUUUUUUUUGGGAAUAUUUUUCAACUUCUUGCUUUAUACUCUAAAAUGUGGUGUGUUUAUGAACUUGUUCAUGUUAUUUAAUCAAGGAGAUUUCCAAUCGUUAAUUCCUCAUUACUGACAAAAAAGGGAAAAUAUGAAACACAGGAAGGGAAAAUAAACUGACUUUUAUAGUAAAUA